AAAUACAAAUACAAUAGAAUACACAAGAGAGAGAGAGAGACUGAGAGACAGAAGAUAAAAAUGGAGUGUUCGAACAUGAAGCAACAUCAUCAGUACGGUGGAUACGCAGAGCCAAGGAUCUCAUUCUCCAGCGGUUUCGCAGCGACUAAGAACGAGAUGAUCAAGUACAAGGAGGCAUCUGUGUCGUCAGAUGAUGAUUUUGAGUUCGGUGUCAAGAACUUCUCCAUGAUCACAGCAGAUGAAAUCUUCUUCGAUGGCAUGAUUUUACCUCUCAAGGAAGAAACCAACACGACGAAGAGAAUGUCAACUUUAAGGGAGGAACUCAGCGAAGGAGACGAUGAUUCGCCGAGAAGCAAAUCAAAAGGGUCGAGUGGUUGGUGGAGAGAGAGAUUAGGGUUAGGAUUUGUGAAAUCCAAGAAAGAUCGCAAGACAAGUUCUUUUUAUCACCACUAG